AGGAGAUUUAGAACAGACAUGGAAAUGGAACCAAGACGGUCGUCCUGCCAAGCUAUUCUGGGAAAGAAUCCCAGGGCCAACACUGCUGUCAUGAUUGUCAUGCUGUAUGAAGUGAUCAACGGUUUCGCCUUUUCCUCUCUUGCGGCCGAUGUUGUCCCUUACGCCACCGACCAUCUAGGCCUGGACUCCUCAACCACACUCAUCAUCAGUCUAGUCUUCUCGGGUGUUGGCUACACAAUGCCCAUUGUCGGAGGUCUUGUUGGUGACAUCAAACUGACCCGAUACUGGACAAUAUUUGCUGGAAACUCUCUUUAUUUAGCAGGUAUGGUAUUCUUGAUGGUCAUCACAGGCGUCACACAAGGAAAGGUGUUCCUUCAGGAUGAAGCCAAGAUAAUCCUGUAUUUGAUUGGUCUGGUGCUGGUUGCAGUAGGCCAGGGGUUUAUCACGGUUCAGAUAUUACCACUGGGAGCAGAACAAAUCGCAGAUAGAGGAGUCGCCACCAUACAGACAUAUUACAGAUGGUGUACGUUUUCAUUCAACCUUGGCAAGUUGUUAGCCUACCUCCCACUUCCGUUCAUACUACAAAAGGCCAACGAAGAGGACACCUGGGCACCGUGCACUCUACAGCUCGGAGCCAUGUGCCUGGCGACAUGCAUCUUCAUUGUGGGCAAGAGAUGGUACAUGUUGAAACCAGCAGAGGGCGCCCAAAAUUUCAAGCUCAUCCUCGUGGCCAUAAAGCAGUGUGCUCUGCUGCGUCCACGGAUGUCCCGGCCUACCGAUGAUGCCGACAGAAGGGAUUGGGAGAGGUGGUACGCGGCUUACAUGAUCAGACCCAUCAUCUUCAUCACCGCUAUAUUCUCUAUUGGCGGAGUGUACGAGGCAAUUUAUUUUCAAAUGUUUGCAACAUACCCAAUCCAAGCACAAAAUCUGACUGAUUUGGGGGUCCAACUUCCUGCUAACUUCAUGACUAGUUUGGACCCUCUGCCCGUCAUGGUGAUUGUCCCCGCCAUUGAGAUCUAUUUCUACUGCGCAAAAAGAGCUAAUCGUCGACAUAUCGAAAUAAACCCGUUAAAAAGAAUAGGGUUUGGUCUUCUCUGUGCUGCUGUCUCUGCCCUUGCUGCUGGAAUCAUCUCCACGUGUGUGCGUCUCCUUCCCGUCACAGCCAGCAUCCCCAUCUAUUGGCAGGUACCUCAGUAUAUCAUUCUGGGGUUCUCUGAGGUUAUCUACUUCGCAUCAGGUUUCGAAUUCUCCUUCACUCACGCGCCAAGAGGUCUUGCCGGUUUCACCACGGGGAUGUUCCUAGGAGUGGGCUCUUUCUUCGGCUUCAUCCUUUAUUUGGCAUUCAUACCACUUGGAACUGCUUCUGUGUCUCAGUAUCAAGCCCAUAACAACACGUUGGAAGCCCUUUUCUACACUCUCGGUGGUCUCAUGGUGCUCUUCCUCGGACCGUACAUUCUUCUAGUCAAAAGAUACACCGUAUCUCUCGCACAGGUGCCAAAGGAACCAAAAUGGAAAAACUUGCCUUCAAUCACGAGAGACUUCAGAGAUUCCUUAGUGUCAAUAGAUAGUGAUACUUAGGCUAUGAGAAAAUAAAAACAACUAGGAAACUUUGUUGAAAAAAUUGUUGAGUUGUUCAUACAUACAUGUAUAUACUGGACGAUAUUAAUUUUAUAAUUGGUGCUUCACGCAGUUGCCUCAUUUUUGGCACUUUCUUAGAGUUUCAGAGCUCUAUUCAAGUGCUAAUGAUUGGCCUUUGUGGUAUGGAUAAUCCCUUUGUAUCUAAGAGUUUAUUGCUGUCGUCUUGACUCCAUGAAAUAUAUAGCAAUACCUGUAUUUUCAACAAUUAAUAAAAUUAAAGCCGCUAUUUUGUA